AUGCCAAUUCCCAAAUCACGAACGACAAGCACUUCGGCAUCUCCACGUGCGCAAAAAGAUAAGGAUGUUUCCACAAGUCCAAUCCAAGCUACAUCCCCCACCACGCCAGCCGAAGACUACACCUCCUUCCGGGAUGCCGGCGAAACAGAAGAUACAAUCAUCGAAAUCGAAAAUGAUCUCGUAACAUCUAAUAUGAAAGAAGAGGAAGCCAAAUAUGAAGAAGAAUCUAAACGUUUGCAGGAAGAAGAAGAUCAGCAGCUAUCCAAACAGUUGCAAAAGGAUGGGUUUGAUAUGAAAGGGUUGGAAUUCUUGUUGAAGAAGAGUACGAUCUAUUCAACAAUUUUAACGUCACGGUUGGAAGAAAGCAGGAAGGCAAAGGCUGAGAGGACGACGAAAGCUGCUGCAAAGCCUGUUGAACAGAAGAAGCCGGUUGAGGAAGAGACAGGUAAAGAAAACAAACGAGCGACAAGGUCUGGUGCCACUGAGAAAGCCGCUGAGCCUGAGGCAAAACCGGCAGCGAAGAAAGGGAGAGGAAGGAAGGCUGCUGCCCCGGCGCCAGUCAAGAAACAAAACAGCAUAUUAACAUUCUUCUCGAAAGAAAAACCUGAGGCUACAGCUGCCGUGAAAGAUGCUUUGGGUGCAGCUGUUGAAGAGGAUAAGACAGAAACGUUUGGAGCUACAGCUACCGAGCAGUUACAUACAAGGCAGCCGAAGCUUGUAACCGGCUGUGUUAUGAAGGAGUAUCAGCUCGAAGGUCUAGAGUGGAUGGCAAGUCUGUUUGAGAACGGUUUGAACGGCAUUUUGGCGGAUGAGAUGGGUUUAGGAAAAACACUCCAAACCAUCUCCCUAUUCGCAUUUCUUCGUGAAAUGCAUGUAUAUGGCCCAUUCCUGGUUGCCGCCCCACUAUCUACGCUAGCAAACUGGGUCGAUGAGUUUGCAAAGUUCACACCGGAUAUCCCUGUAGUUCUCUACCAUGGAAACCCUCAGGAAAGAGAAAAUCUCCGCGAUACAAAAUUAAGGACAAAGAACUAUAGAAAUGUUGGACCGGACUUUCCAGUUGUCUGCACAAGUUAUGAGAUCAUCAUGAAUGACCGCAAGUAUCUUGCUUCUUAUGAUUGGAAGUAUAUCGUCAUUGAUGAGGGCCAUCGUUUAAAGAACUUCAAUUGCAGACUUGUUAAAGAGCUUGAAAAAUACCCAUCGGCGAACAGGUUAUUGUUAACGGGAACACCGUUGCAGAAUAACCUUGUUGAACUAUGGUCUCUACUCCACUUUCUCUUGCCUCAGGUCUUCAAUGACGUCGAGAGCUUUCAGAGUUGGUUCGACUUCUCCGACCUCCAGCAAGAAGGGAAGAGUAGCGAAGAGAUCAAAAAAAGCAUGGCAGCUAAUUUGGUCUCAAGUUUACAUCAAAUCUUGAAACCAUUCUUACUCCGUCGUAUGAAAACAGAUGUUGAGCUGUCCCUGCCGAAGAAACGCGAGUACGUUCUGUACGCGCCAUUAUCCCAGACCCAGAAAGAGCUUUAUCGACGAAUAUUAGACAAAGAUACAGAAGAGUUUCUUAUUGGUAAGCUGCUGGAAGCUUCGGGCGCCAAUGCCGUGGCGAAAGCGAUGUCUAAGAAGGGCACAAAAGGAACCGAAACUCCUAAGCGCAAGCGCGGGGAUAUGGAAGAGGAGGACCAAAGCAGUCUCUCUGUGCCAUCGAAGGCGUUAAAAAACAGCAGGUCCAACAAGAAGUUGCGGGUCGACUACAAGGAAAAGAGUGAUAGGCAAUAUUUCAAAGAGCUUGAAACUACUCCUACCCAAUCCAAGGAAACUUCGCCAGAGCUCAGCGCAGAGCAAGUUGCCUACCAGGCGGCUGUUAGGGAGAUAAAGGCCAAGAAGAUGCAGAACCCAGUCAUGCAAUUGCGUUUGGCCUGCAACAGCCCACACCUGUUCUACUGGCCAUGGGGUGAUAAAGACCCAGACGAGACAAUUGUCACAGAGAGCGGCAAGAUGAUGCUACUUGACCGUCUAAUCCCAGAACUUUUCAACCGGGGCCAUAAGGUUUUGAUCUUCAGUCAAUUCAAGGUCCAGUUAGACAUCAUUCAAGAAUGGGCUACAACAUUGAGAGGAUGGAACUGCUGCCGUAUCGACGGCUCUGUCAAGCAGGAGGAUAGGAGAAGCUUAAUAAAGUCUUUCAAUUCUGAUUCUGAACACAAGCUAUUCUUGUUGAGUACAAGGGCUGGAGGUUUGGGUAUCAACCUAACAUCGGCGGAUACCGUGAUCCUUUACGAUUCCGACUGGAAUCCGCAACAAGAUCUCCAAGCCCAAGAUCGUGCUCACAGAAUUGGGCAAACACGCCCAGUCAUUGUAUAUCGCUUAGCUACUGCUGCUACAGUAGAACAAACGCUUCUUGAGAAGGCAGAUGCAAAGCGCCGCCUCGAGAAGCUAGUCAUUCAAAAGGGAAAAUUUAAGUCUAUGACUGCUACAAAUACUAAAACAGAGGAACAGGAGUUCGCGGACUUGAGAAAGAUCCUGAUGAGCGACGACUUUGAGAAGUUUGAUGUCGCAAAGGAGGGCGACGAAAUCUUGAGUAAUGAAGAUCUGGAGGUCCUCCUGGAUCGAAGCGACGAAGCCUAUGAAAAGGCGGCUAAAGGUGAAACCAAAGCAUCUGGUGUUUUCAAAGCAGUUGAGAUGAAAAAGGUUUCAGAGCAGGAUAUUUUGGCGCAGAUGUGA